AUGUCCAAAGUGCUGGAAUGUCUACAAAAGCAAGUGAAUGGGAUUUUGGAGAGUCCCACCGGCACGGGGAAGACCCUCUGUCUCCUAUGUGCAACUCUAGCUUGGCGGGAGCACUUGAAAGAUGCCAUCUCUGCAAAGAAGAUCAGUCAGCAACUUAACGGAGCGGAGCUCUUCCCUGACCAACCUCUGUCAUCUUGGGGCAACGUUGCCACAAAUGGUGAUGUCCCAGCCUAUUACACUGACAUACCUAAAAUAAUUUAUGCCUCGAGAACUCAUUCUCAGCUGACUCAGGUCAUCAAUGAAUUAAAGAGCACCGUUUACAGAGAACAACUGUGCAUCCACCCUGAAGUUAAAAAGCAAGAAAGUAACUACCUGCAGAUCCACUUGUGCCGUAUGAAAGUAGCGACCCGCUCGUGCUAUUUCUAUAACAACGUGGAAGAGAAGAGCACUGAGAAGGACCUGCUCAGCUCCAUCUUGGAUAUUGAAGAUCUUGUCAGAAAUGGAAAUAAGCACCGAGUUUGCCCUUAUUAUCUCUCGAGAAAUCUGAAGCAGCAAGCGGACAUCAUUUUCAUGCCUUAUAACUAUUUAUUGGAUCCAAAGAGCCGAAGAGCUCACAACUUAGACUUAAGGGGGACAGUAGUGAUACUGGACGAAGCUCACAACGUGGAGAGGCUGUGCGAAGAGUUGGCAUCGUUUGACCUGACCCCCUACGAUUUAGCUUCAGCUAUCGACGCCGUCAACGUAGUGUUGGAAAAACAAGCCAAAGAGGUCCAGCAGAGUGAAAUCAACUCUGAAUUCAGCGCAGACUACGACAGAACAGGGCUGAACAUGACGCUUGAAGACAUAGCGAAGAUAAAGAGGAUUCUUCUUGAACUGGAAGAUGCUAUCGAAGCUGUGGAACUACCACCAAGUGGAAAUGGGGUGACUAAAGAUGGAGGGUACAUAUUUGACUUGUUUGCCAAGGCUCAGAUUACAUUCCAAACGCAGAACUCUCUCCUGGAGGCCCUCGAACAAAUCCUUCAGUACUUAGCAGGCUGUCCUGGGAUAUUUACCAACACCGCUGGAUUACAUAAAUUUGCAGACAUAAUCCAG